AUGGGCGAAAAUCAGAGACCGAUUAACUUCUUUAAAGGGCAUCCAUCAUUCCGUUUGUUACCUCGCGAAGCAAUUGUCGAGGCUACCAGUCAAUUAUUAUUACCCGAGUGCAGAGAUUAUGAUGAUAUUGAUGAAGAUAGACACCCAUUAACGUACGGUCCAGAUGAGGGUUCAAAGUGGGUUCGCACAGCGAUUGCUGCCUUCAGUAAUGACUGUUUCCAGUUGCCAUCGGAAGAGAUGAAAACCAAGCCGGAGCAUAUCAAUUUAACAGCUGGAGCAUCAUACGGUGUCAUGAAUAUUUUGGAACAAACCACUUUACCACACACCGGUUAUACCAGACAAGCGUUCAUAGUGUCACCAACAUAUUUCCUUAUCAAUGAGACAUUUAUCGACGCAGGGUUCGGUGGGAAGUUGACCGCAAUUGAUGAACUGGGCCACGGAAAGAUCGACUUUGACACUCUACAGCAAAAGUUGGAAUAUUUUGAUUCCAUAUCUAACGACAACAGCUCAGAAUUGCAAUUAAUAACUGCACCCAAUGCGAACAAAAAAGUGUAUCGUUAUGUCAUCUAUUUGGUUCCCACUUAUUCUAACCCUGGAGGUCAGACCUAUUCUUUAGAAACUAGAGUGAAAUUAAUUGAACUUGCAAGAAAGCAUGACAUGUUGAUUGUAUCGGAUGAUGUUUACGAUUUAUUGAGAUAUGAUGACUCUCUUGAUGAACUUCCUCACCCACUUCCACGACUCACCCACGUUGAUAGAAUGUCAUAUAAGCAUGGUGAUAGUGGCUAUGGUAACACUAUCUCAAACGCUACUUUUUCAAAGAUAAUCGCACCGGGUUUAAGAUUUGGAUACCAGGAAACUGUGAAUGAAAAUUUGGCUUAUCAACUUUCUCAAGGUGGAGCCAAUGUUUCUGGUGGGACGCCGUCACAAUUAAAUUCAAUGAUUGUGGGUACCUUAAUACAAAAUGGGAAAGCGAAAGAAAUCAUCUGCAGCUUGAGGAAGGAAUACCAGCUAAGAGCAGCUUGUCUCUAUCAAUCGGUAAAAAGCUACUUGCCAAGGGCAACUCAAUAUCACCUGCAGCUUGGUGGAUAUUUUUCUUGGUGUACAUUACCAGAGGGUUACGAUGCUAAAAAAAUCGGUCAAGAGUUAAAAGAGAGGUUCAAUGUUACUCUAGCUAAUGGCAGCUCUUUUGAAGUUAUUGGAGAUGAAAGGAAUUGGGGUGAAAGAUCUGUUAGAUUGUCAAAUAGCUUCCUCGAGAUUGCAGAUAUUGAACAAGGUAUUAAGUUAUGGGGAACUGUAUGUGAAGAUUAUGCUAAAAGACAUAACCUACCAUUCCGUUAG